UUGUGUUUCUCUGAGUCCAGCGCUCCAGUUCUUCUCUUCACUGCUCUGCGUCUUCUGCUGCUAGAGGCCAAGCCACUGCGGCCUUGUGUUCUGCAGGUAUCCGCAGAUUUAUGGCUAAAAGACCGGGAUCCCCUGGAAGCCGAGAAAUGGGACUGUUGACAUUCAGAGAUGUAGUCAUUGAAUUCUCUCUGGAGGAGUGGCAAUUCCUGGAUCAUGCUCAGCAGAAUUUAUAUAGAGAUGUGAUGUUAGAGAACUACAGAAACCUGGUCUCCCUGGGUAUCGCUGUCUCUAAGCCAGACUUGAUCACCUGUCUGGAGCAAAAUAAAGAGCCUUGGAAUAUAAAGAGAAAUGAGAUGGUAACCAAACACCCAGUUACAUGUUCUCAUUUCACCCAAGGCCUUCCGCCAGAGCUGGGCAUAAAAGAUUCACUCCAAAAAGUAAUACCGAGAAGAUAUGGAAAAUGUGGACAUGACAAUUUACAAGCAAAAAAAUGUAAAAGCAUGGGUGAGUGCGAGGUGCAAAAAGGAGGUUGUAAUGAAGUUAACCAAUGUUUGUCAACUACCCAAGACAAAAUAUUUCAGACUCAUAAAUGUGUCAAAGUCUUCGGUAAAUUUUCAAAUUCCAGUAGACAUAAGACAAGACAUAUUGGAAAGAAACAUUUCAAAUGUAAAAAAUAUGACAAAUCAUUUUGCAUGGUUUCACAACUAAAUCAACAGCAGAUAAUUCAUACUAGGGAGAAUUCCUACAAAUGUGAAGAAUGCAGCAAACCUUUCAACUGCUCUUCAACCCUUACUAAACAUAAAAGAAUUCAUACUGGAGAGAAACCCUACAGAUGUGAGGAAUGUGGCAAAGCUUUUACCUGGUCCUCAACCCUUACUAAACAUAAGAGAAUUCAUACUGGAGAGAAACCCUACAAAUGUGAAGAAUGUGGCCAAGUCUUUAGCCGUUCCUCAACACUUGCUAACCACAAGAGAAUUCAUACUGGAGAGAAACCAUACACAUGUGAAGAAUGUGGCAAAGCCUUUAGCUUAUCCUCAUCCCUCACUUACCACAAGAGAAUUCAUACUGGCGAGAAACCCUACACAUGUGAAGAAUGUGGCAAAGCCUUUAACUGCUCCUCAACUCUCAAGAAACAUAAGAUAAUUCAUACGGGAGAGAAACCCUACAAAUGUAAAGAAUGUGGGAAAGCCUUUGCCUUCUCUUCAACUCUUAAUACUCAUAAGAGGAUUCAUACUGGAGAGGAACCCUACAAAUGUGAAGAAUGUGACAAAGCUUUUAAGUGGUCCUCAAGUCUUGCUAAUCAUAAGAGUAUGCAUACUGGAGAGAAACUCUACAAAUGUGAAUAAUGUGAUAAAGUCCAGCCCUCAGACCUUAUAAUACAUAAAAUAAUUUAUACUUGAAAAAAUCACUACAAGUGUAAAGAAUGUGGCCAAGACUUCAACCAGUUCCAAACCUUUAUUGUACAUAAGAGAAUUCAUAUUGAACAAAAGUCUUAUAAAUGUAAAAAAAGUAACAAAGCCUUUA